AUGGCAUCGCCACCGCAACUACCGGCUCCACCGCCGAUGACAAACGCAUUUGCAUUAACACCACACAAAGUCUCCGUUUGUUUACUUCUUCAAACCUAUGCAUUACCAGCUCAAACAACACCACCGUUCCCUUUCUCUUCUGUCUCUCAGCACAACCGUCUUGGGCUCUACUUAUUAGCCCUCAUAAAGUCUUAUGAUGAUAUAUUGGAGCCAAAACUAGAGGAGUUAUUGAAUCAAUUGAAGGAGAUUAGUGGGUCGUUGGGACAUUGGUUGAUAGAUCAUUUGACAAGCAGGUUAUCAUCUUUAUCAGCGCCUGAUGAUUUAUUUAGCUUCUUUACUGAAAUGAGAGGGGUACUUGGAGGAUUGGAUUCAGUUGUGAUGGAAGAUAAUCAAGUUAUUUUGGACCCAAAUAGCAAUCUGGGAUUGUUUCUCCGUCGUUGCAUUCUCACAUUUAAUCUCUUAUCUUUUGAGGGUUUGUGCCAUCUUUUGACGAAUAUUGGGAGUUAUUGUAAAGAAGCCAUGUCAAGUUGCAUGCCAUAUGAGACACGUCUUUUAGAUGAGUCUAGUAAUGAUUUGGAGACAUCAUCAGAAUAUGAGAACAUGGACUUGGAGAAUUUUGUGUUUGGAAAAGUUAAUGAAGAAAUUGAAGCAAGGAAACAGGCCAGUGAAAGAGUUCCUUUUCACCUUCAUGGGCCUAAAGCACUUUCUGGAUUGGUUGAAGAUUUUGAGAACAAUAAAUCAAAACUUGCAGAUAUUGAGGUUGUUGCAGAUCUAAGUUUCAAACAUGGCGACAAACAUGGAGAAACUAGUGCAUAUGUACAUCCGCCAGGAAAUGAAUUGAGAGAUGUUGACCCCUGUGGGGAGAUAUUCCUAAGAACAAACUGGCAGGUACAAGGUUACUUAAUGGAGCAAGCAGAUGCAAUUGAAAAGCAUGGCAGUGCUUUCUCUUUAAAUUCUUUUGAGCUUGUUUUGAGGCAGAUUAAAAAAUUGGCACCUGAGCUGCAUCGUGUUCACUUCUUACGAUAUUUGAACAGCCUGUAUCAUGAUGAUUAUUUUGCUGCUUUGGAGAAUAUUCAUCGCUACUUUGAUUAUAGGUCUCCACUCGGGAAUUCCAGUGGCAUCAUGGUUUGGGGGCCUUACAAGGACCAUCUCCUGAUACAUGUUAUGCCUUGCAAUAGUUGGGAGAAGCAAAGUUAUUUACGAACUAGGGAUAUGAGAACAUGCUAUUACUUAGUGUACAGUGGGUUGGGUUUCUCCAAUCUGGGUGAAGGUUUUCUUCUUACUGCACUUGGAGCCGAGGGAUUUGAUUCAGUUCCGUCUUCUUCUGGGUUCAAUGGCUCUGGAAGAUAUGAGAUUGGUCUGAUAUGUUUGGGGAUGAUGCAUUUGCACUUUGGGCAUCCUAAGCAAGCUUUACAAGUUUUAACUGAAGCAGUUCGUUUUUCUCAACAGCAAAGUAAUGAGAGUUGUCUUGCAUACACUUUAGCAGCUAUUUGCAAUGUAUUGUCUGAAUUUGGUAGCUCAAGCUCAGCAGGAAUACUUGGAACAUCUUUCUCACCUAUUACCAGCAUGGACACUUCAUUGUCUGUUGGGCAACAAUUGUUUGUUCUCUUGAGGGAGUCCCUGAAGAGAGCAGAAAGUUUAAAGCUGAAACGAUUGGUUGCUUCUAAUCAUCUUGCCCUGGCCAAGUUUGAUUUACUGGUGAGAAUGGGAAUCACUAGACUUUUGUCUUAG